AUGCCCAGAGCUCUGCGGAGACUGCUGCAUGUGAUGCUUUUCUGCCCGCUGUCCAAAGGCCUGCAGAAUCGUCUGCCAGCCAUCAAGGUGAAGUACCUUCUCCUAGCCUGGUUGGGCAUUCUUAUCAUCAGCUGGAUUGUCUACAUGCAGUAUGCCUCGUAUGCCGAGCUGUGCCGCGGGCAUGUGUGCCAAAUGGUCAUCUGUGAUCACUACAGAAGGGGCAUCAUUUCAGGCUCAUCAUGUAAGGCUUUGUGUGAUCAGAAAACCUUGACUCUGCACCGCUGCAUGUCCACUUCCUCAACCCAUCAGGUCUACAUUGGACUAUGGAAAGAUAGGCCAGUGGUGAUCAAAUGUGGCAUUGAGGAUCCAGUGAACAUAGAUGGAGUCCCAGACACCCUGCCAAGGCCAGAAAUGAGUUUAUUUGACAAACCGACUCGUGGAACCUCAAUGGAUGAAUUUAAAGAGAUGUUGCACAGUUUUCUUAAGGUCAAUCUCGGGGAACAGCCAACUUUAAGCGCCUUGGUGGACAGGUUCAUCACUCUUGCCGACGUCAACCAGGAUAACAAAGUGUCUCUUGCAGAGGCCAAGUCCAUUUGGGCUUUGCUUCAUAUUAACGAGUUCCUCCUGAUGGUGGCGCUGCAGGAGAAGGAGCACACACCAAAACUGCUAGGCUUUUGUGGAGACUUGUAUGUAACAGAACGAGUGACCCAUAGCUCCCUUUACAGGCUGGAGGUCCCUCACUACCUUAAAGCAGUCGUCCCCGAGGCCCUUAGCUCUAGUCUUAACCACUGGCUGGCGCCAUCCUGGCCCCGAAGGGCGCGCAUCACCAUCGGCCUGCUAGAGUUUGUGGAGGAAGUCUUUCACGGAUCAUAUGGGAGUUUCCUUAUCUGUGAUGCAAGCCCUUACCACGUAGGUUACAAUGCUAAGUACGACUGCAAGAUGGCCAGCCUGUACAGCGUGGCAUCAGAUGCCAUGGUGCGUUCUUUUUUAAAGGGUCGACGGUGUGAGAACAAUGCCGACUGCACUUAUGGCAGAGACUGCACGGCCACGUGUGACCGACUGAUGAAGCAGUGCAAUACUGAGGUUGUUCAGCCUAAUCUUGCAAAAGUGUGCAUGCUGCUGCAGGAUUACCUGCUGUUUGGAGCUCCCUCAGACCUGCGGGGGGAUCUGGAGAAGCAGCUACGCACCUGUGUGACACUCAGUGGUUUAGCAAGCCAGAUGGAAGUUCAUCACUCAUUGGUUCUUAACAACCUGAAGACAUUGCUGUGGAAGAAAAUUUCCAACACACAGUACUCCUGAACAUAAACUUAGCCAACAAGUUCCCUGUCUUAUGUGUA